UCUCUUUGUUACCCUUCUUCUUCAUUUGAUUUUUUUAACAUAAAAAGCUACAAAAAUCCUCAUGUUCCUGUUACUAAUAUCAUGUUUCUCCGUCAUUCUUCUCUCAAAGUCUUUGUCUUCAAAGAUCCACCAAGGGAUUCACAGCAAAUGGAGAUUGUUUCAAAAGGGUAAGCUCGGAAUCUUCAGUUUCAUCCAAAUCACCCCGUUGAAGAAGAUGAAGACGAAGCCCGGGUCGUCGGAGAAUCAAAACGAAGACCACAAUACGUCAUCUUCGUCGUCGUCUUUGCUGGACUUGCCGGAGCUGACCCUCGAAUGCAUUCUGGACCGCCUUUCGCCCGCCGGUCUGUGCGCCAUGGCCGGCGUCUGCUCGUCGUUAAGGGAUCGUUGUACGAGUGACCAUUUAUGGGAGAAGCACAUGAAGAGAAAAUGGAGUAAAGUGAUUGGGGAUGCAGCUUAUAAGGAAUUGCAAUGGCAUAUUGCUUCGAAAAUGAAACCCAGAAAUCUCUUGGAUCGAAGUGAACAAAGGAGCUUCAUCUGUUCCAUUUGUGAAUUCGGCCAUUUUCUCUCUAAGUUUUGCUUUAAACCCAGAACUGAAAACGGUGAGAUUCAGCUCAAGAAGAGUGGUUUGCCGGUCGAUUCGAUCAUUGCUUUGUAUCUGGCUCUUGAAACCGGCGAGUUCUGGUUCCCGGCUCAGGUUUAUAACCGAGAGAAUGGACAUGCUGGGUUUUUGUUAUCAUGUUAUGAUGCCAAGCUUAGCUAUGAUUCCAAGACCGAUACCUUUCAGGCGAGGUACUCGCCUUACGGACGGCGGAUGACGGAGGAGAAUAUAUCAUGGGAUAGGCUGAGGGUUCCGCCCGUCAAUACUUGUUCGUAUGAUCUUUACAGUUCGGAUUCGUUACUUGAUUUGAAACCUGGUGACCAUAUUGAGAUCCAAUGGAGAAAAACCAACGAAUUCCCUUAUGGGUGGUGGUAUGGCGUUGUUGUUCACAUGGAAUCAUGUGGUGGAACUGAGAAUCACUGCCGUUGCCCAUAUACAGACACGGUGAUGCUGGAAUUCAAGCAGUACCCAUCGAGCUCGAGAUGGCGGAAAACAACGAUAAACAGGAAAGACCACAGAGAAGUAGGCAAUGAAGCAGAUGGGUUUUAUGGUGGCAUUAGAAAGCUUUACAUAGAAGAAGAGAUCUCUAUGUGGAAACGUCUUUGUCCUAACCAUGAGUUAGAAUAGAACAAUAUCAAUGCCAUUACCACUUUUUGUUUGGUUUGAGACCUUUGGUGACCGGUAGCCACAAGGACUCCGAAUAAUUUCGAGCCGAGCCAGGUCAGAUCCCAAUUAAAGGGUAUCGAGCAAGAUCAUUAUCACCCGAUCCAGCUAGAGUUGGUUGUUGCCGAUUUUUCUCCUUCAAUUGUUAAUGAGAGAAAAUGAUGGGUAGAAUGACCAAAAUGCAAAUGACAGAUUCAAAUGUGUACCACAGUG